AUGCCAUUGAAUUCAUGAAGGCUGGCAAGGCUGGCGCUCACGAGGCAUUUGUGCUACGCAAUCCCUUGGCAUCGUCCUGGCCCCUCCAUGUCCUCGCCUUUGGCAUUUCUCCAGGCUUGACCUCCUGCAAAAUGUGAAGUCCAAUUGGCGCUUCUUUUGAUUUUUCUGAGGAGCAGUAAAUGCAGAAAACACUUCAGAGCUUCAGAUGAACUGGCGGCAUUUUGAUGGUCAAGGUGGUGACAUUGAGCUGCAAGUACGUUGUUUGUCCGCAAUUCAAUCCUGAUGAGCAGCUUGUGGGUGCAGAUGACUGUGCACAGGAGUUGGCGUCUUCUGCAAAAUGCCCACUGAGUGCACUCCCAUUGCAAUGUUUCCCCAGCUGUAGAGUUCGACAUACGAGCAACUCUGAUUAUGGAAGGAAAGGCACUCUACCCUCUGUUUCAUUGUCAGCCCCCGCGGAAGAAAGCAAAAGUCGAGAAAGAGAGACAUUAUACCACCACGAAUAAUGCAGACGACAAAGCCAAGGAGCGGCAGUCCGAUCCAAAAAGCACAAGCAGCUUGGAAUACACCGAUGUCAGAAGCAGAGUGCAAACCACAGUUCCAGGUGUGUCAGCUCAGACUGUUGCUGAUGCAGCUCAAUCUGGUUUUGCACCUUCAGUAUCCACCCCCGCAGGCGACAGAGAUCAGUUACAGCAACAUGCUGACAGUAACCUGCCGUCAGAAGUCCUGCCAGGGUCUGUGGGAACAAGGAAAGCAAAUGCUGCCCCUCUCACAGUUGCCACAGGGGCCCUUGCCACGUUGAUGGAAGCAGGGAGAACGCGGUUGUCGCGCCAACGAUUUCACCUUGACCUCCGUGAAGACGGCACCUACACAUCAAGUUGGCAGAAGGAGACUCUGGCUUGCAAGGGAAACUCUGUCUGGAAAGCCGAGAUAAAAUUCAAAGAUGGGUCAGGCAACAAUGAGAUCACCCUAACGGUGUCAACAGGGCAGCCAAGCUCCACAAAGGAACAGUCUCUCUGUUGGGAAUGUCCACAGAUGCUUAGCAACAUCGACCAAGAGCGAAGGCCGAAGCUGUCCGCAUCUUUGCUCAAGAGCGCUGUCCAGAAGAAUGUCCGAUUGUGCCGGUCAAGCCCAGCAGUGAGGGCAUCUUUGCACCUCAUGAAGGAUAGCUGGUCAGAGUUCCUGCGGCGAGCCACAAUCAUUGCGUUAGAAGACGCCAUUCUGCAUCCGGACCUUCCGUUUCUUGUGUGGCUAACGGCUGCGGUUGCGAAGGGGUACCAGCCUUCGAAGUUGCAUGCAGCAGUCUGUCUUCGAAUUGUGCACGAGAUGGCUGCCGUGAAAUGUCGCGAUCCUCUCUCCGAUGCUGACGAAGCAGAUACACACUGUCCUACCAUGAGUGACAUCUCUCAGCACGUGUCAGCUCAAGAGGCGACAGUUCUGAAGGCGCUCCUUCUGCGCGCGAGCUGUGGGGGCAUGGCGGGCGACGUGCGAAUGCUCAGAUGCUACGUGCGCGUCUGGCUCAAGCGCUUCUCCGGCGCUUCCCCUCCUCCGCCCCCCCUCGCCAACUUCUGCUCCGGGCCGGCUGACGUCACCUCCCCCUCGUCUGAUGUCAGCCUGGACUGGGGAAACUGGCUGCGCCGGUUGUACGCCCAGACACCGAGACCCCCGCAGGUGCUGGACACGUGUACCAGUGGGGCGCUGCCAGCUGUCGUAGACGUGGCGGCCAUGUCGCGCAUCAUGCUGUCGGACGUGCCGCCGAGCGCGGCUGACUUCCAUUGCUCGAACGUCAUCGAAGACGUCCUGAAGGACACGCCUGCGGGACGCCAAGUGGAGGCCACGUGUCGCGAGGAGGCGGUGGACGCGAAGGCCGUCUUCCGGUCGGCCAUGUGGCACUUUCGGAGCAGCAAGAACUUGAAAAAGACGCUCGAUGGGGAGACAAGCACGGACACCGAGGACGGCUCUCAAGCGGCCAGAAUUUGGUCUGCGCUUUCAGCGGAAGCUCAAAAAUAUUCGUUAAACCUGAUCAAGCGAAGAUUUGGUGUGUGGACUUAGAGACACAACUUAUCUUGACGGUCACGCACUUCGCAUAUCGAAGCUAUGCACAGCCUCUUCCGGCGGUUGCCUUGCUUGCAGCCGGCUGAAAGUCCGCUAGGCUCGGCACGCUCGCGACACAUGAUGAAAGUGCAAUUCCGGCAACGAAAGUUUUGCAUUUUGUCAACGAUGGACGGUGCGGAUCAGCGAUAAAAUCCAUCAGCCUGAGUGUAGCAACCAAUUUUCGAUCUCGAGAGGGCAGUUCGGUGGCAACUGGACUGUCAGUGUUUCGAGGCUCAUGCAUUGAAAGGAAGAUUGGUGUCUUCUAUUAUGAAGGGUGAUAUGAAAGGCCGAUAUGUAAAAGGUUGCGCAG